AAGCAUGUCAAGACCAUGUCAAUGACAUGGCGGCCCUACCGAGCUUGUGGACCGGAAGGACCGGAAGUUGGACGGAAGUGCUGCUGCUGGUGCUGCUGAGCUGCAGCUAUGGGUACCAGGAGCAGAGGUUCGCGAGGGAGCCGGGAGACCAGGAAGCGAUAGUGGGCUCCGAAGUGAUACUUCCCUGCCGAGUAGAAAACAAAAUCGGGGCGCUGCAAUGGACGCAGAACGACUUCGGUCUCGGCACCAACAGGAAUCUCAGCGGAUACGACCGUUACUUGAUGAUCGGGAGCGACGAAGAAGGAGAUUUUUCCUUAAAGAUACAGAACGUGACUCUAGAAGACGACGCGAACUACCAGUGCCAAGUGAGCUCGGGGCUGAAUGGAGAACCAGCCAUACGAUCCCGCUACGCUAAACUAACAGUGUUGGUAGCUCCGAAUCCGCCCAGGAUCGUGCAAGGUGCCUUCAUAGAUGCAACAGAGGAGCAACCAGUAGACAUUGAAUGCGUGUCGGUUGGCGGGAAACCGGCGGCUGAGAUCACGUGGGUCGAUGGCAACCAACAAGUCAUCAAGAAGAACGUAAAAACGUCAGAAGAACUGAUACCAGAUAGCCUAAAGUUUAAAACCAGGUCCAUAUUGCGGUUGACCCCCAGCAAGGACCACCACAAACAGACAAUCACCUGCCAGGCGCAGAACACCGCCGACCGCGCCGCUAGGAUGGCCACCGUCUAUAUCGAGGUCAGAUACGCCCCAAAAGUGAAACUUUCAAUCAGCUCGGGCGCCGUAGACGGGCGCUUCCCUGAGGGCUCAGAGGCGCGACUGAGAUGCGAUGUAGACGCCAAUCCAAGAGCUCAGGUGUACCGAUGGUAUAUCAACAACAGCCCUGUUGUUGGAGAUUAUACUGAGGAAAUGAUAAUCUUCAAUGUAACAAGGAAAUAUCACAACGCAGUGGUGAAGUGUGAAGUGAGCAACUCCGUGGGGAAAAGUGAAGAGACUGUUACAUUAGAUGUUACAUAUCCACCAGUCUUCCGAACAAGGCCCCGCGACGUCGAAGCAGACGAAGGUUCGACCGUCAGCCUCUACUGCGAUGUGGAUGGCCAGCCCAAACCCGAGAUAAAGUGGGUGCUUCACGAGCCUGGUCGGAUCGCGCAGCCUAAGGGGUCCGAACCGACCCUGAAGAUAAAGAGAGUAGACGAGCAAUCCGCAGGCAGAUAUGUCUGCAUUGCCAAAGUGGAAGGAUAUAAUGAAAUCAGGAGCGAAGCUACGGUUUUCAUUAGAGGACCGCCAAAGAUUCUUUCCAACAGAACACAAUUUGGUGCAGAAGGGGAGAUGGUGACGAUAGAGUGUGUCUUCCUUAGUGUUCCUAAAUCUUUCGACAUCAUAUGGUACUUCGAAGGUCGAGAAAUCAAGCCUAUUGAGAACCCGGAAUACGCGCCUUUUGAACAAGACCUGGGUGAUGGAAUAGUGAAAGCAAGUUUAGUGAUCAGAGCGAGUCAAUCGAAACAUUAUGGACUUUACAACUGUAGUGUCACUAAUGAUAUUGGGAAUGCUAAUGCUGGAAUCACUCUUAAACCCAUAAAAACCUUACCUCUCUUCAUCAUUCUCAUCGGAGUCACAUCAGGCAUCAUCGUCUUCUCGGCCUUCAUCAUUCUCCUGGUCAUCUGCAACAGGAGAAGGAGACAGAAGAGUCAGCAGAUGAGCGAGAAGCCAGAUGUCACUGUUACCACUUGCGAUAUGUAUAACAAGGAGAGCGAUAGGAGCUCGAAUAUUAGCGAUUUGAAGUUGCAGUUGCCUCAUGGGGACGGUAGUUAUGAGUUGGACUACACCAGCUCGGACCGUUCCGACUCUAAACUACAGUCAGGCCUGCCAUUGGCCGGGCCUGUGACUCUACCGAGCAUACGAUUGGACGAUCCUCUGAUGCGGUUCAGAUACAGCAACGACUAUUCUGAUCCUGCUUACAACGAAAAUUAUUAUAAGAUCAUUAGAGGACGUGCGUAUGUAUGUAGACUAGCGUUGAAAAGCUCUAACCCGGGUGGGUACGUGUAUGACUAUCCGCAGGGGUACGCACCGCCGAACAACCUGAGGGUACAGUCGCCGGAACCGACUAACAGGUCACUUCAAGGCUCAUUGACGCGCAGCAUCGACACAGCUUCAACUUUACCGUUGUCAGCCGGCAAUGGAUCGCAGAAUAAUUCUCUGCAACGAACGAAAACUCAAGACGAGACUGAUGCAAUCAAUAAUUUGGGCCUGCCAGUUGGUAGCGACACGCCACCUAUCUACGCGAAAGGCGUCGACUUGCGGUAUGCGGCGACAUACGGGAACCCGUAUUUAAGGAACAGUUCACAUGGUUACCCAAACCAAGUGCACACAGCGAAACCGGCGUCCACACCGGCGCCGCCGCCAUACUCUGCCGUUCGGAGUUCAGUGGUCAUGCCAUCAGGUCAGUGAGGUAAUGGCAACCAACCGGCGCAGGGUACACAUGUAUAGCAAAUGCAUGAAACACGCCUAGUGUAAAAACAAUGCUGUGAACUAUACAGUGACUUCAAAGCGUGGCUUUUGGUACCCCGCCCCCCGCUCGGACUAAGGGCGACAGUGGGGACUUAGAGGGGAGUGUGCCGUGCAUAUUCAUUGUAAAUGUGUUCCUAAAAUAGACUUAAAAUGUAUGACUGAAUGUAAAUAAUUAUAGAUAUAUAAAACAAGUUAAAUGUACUUUAAAGUGAAACUUGGAUUUAAUUCAUUUAUUCUGAUGCAGCUCUUAAAAAUUUGCAAUGAAAUUUUAUUGUUGUGGGUAUUUCAUUGUUCAAUGUAUAAGAACUAAGAAUAAUGUUUGUACUUG